UGACUGAGGGAAGGACGGCAGCGGCGGCGACCACCAUGAGCACCUUCGCCUUGGAAGAGACGCUGGAGGCGGACUGGGUGGCCGUGAGGCCUCACGCCUUCCAUGAGCGGGAGAAGCACAAGUUCGUCUUCAUCGUGGCCUGGAAUGAGAUCGAGGGCAAGUUCGCCAUCACCUGCCACAACCGGACGGCGCAGCGGCAGCGCAGCGGCUCCCGGGAGCUCCGACGCCGUGGCGGCAGCAGCAGCUGCACCAGGAGCUCGCCGGCGUCGCCUGCCCGGGCCGAGUCACUACCGAGGAGCCCCGGCGCCCGAGUGUCUGAGGCGCCGCAGAGGAGCCCGGCCAGGGCGAGGAGCAGCAAGGCCCGGAGGCCUCCGCCUGCUUCGAAGGCGCCGCUCAGCCCCGCGGCCUGUGCGGCCGAGGAGAUCGAGGUGUUGGAGUUGGGGAAAGACGACCCUUCUUCGUCUGGUGAAGAGUGCAGCUGGGCCGGCCUCUUCUCCUUCCAAGACUUGCGGGCCGUGCAUCAGCAGCUGUGCUCGGUGAAUUCCGAGCUGGAGCCCUGCUUGCCAGUCCUCCCCGAGGAGCCGUCGGGUAUGUGGACGGUAUUAUUCGGGGCUCCAGAGCUAUCCGAGCAGGAGAUGGACGCCCUGUGCUACCAGCUGCAGCUUUACCUGGGCCACUGUCUCGACACUUGCGGGUGGAAGAUCCUCUCCCAGGUGCUCUUCACCGAAACGGACGACCCGGAGGAGUAUUACGAGAGUCUGAGUGAGCUGCGGCAGAAGGGCUACGAGGAGGUCUUGCAGCGAGCCCGCAAGCGCAUCCAGGAGCUCCUGGAAAAACACAAGAAUACAGAAAGCAUGGUAGAGCUGCUUGAAUUAUAUCAAAUGGAAGAUGAAGCAUAUGGUAGCCUUGCUGAAGCCACCACUGAACUCUAUCAAUACUUACUGCAGCCAUUUCGAGAUAUGAGGGAACUUGCAAUGCUCAGAAGACAGCAAAUAAAGAUUUCUAUAGAGAAUGAUUACUUAGGACCCAGAAGAAUUGAGAGUCUACAAAAAGAAGAUGCAGACUGGCAACGGAAGGCCCACAUGGCUGUACUUUCUAUUCAAGACCUUACUGUGAAGUAUUUUGAAAUAACAGCAAAAGCACAGAAAGCUGUGUAUGAUCGAAUGCGAACAGACCAGAAAAAGUUUGGUAAGGCGGCAUGGGCAGCAGCAGUGGAACGAAUGGAAAAACUUCAAUAUGCAGUGUCUAAGGAGACUUUGCAGUUGAUGAGAGCAAAGGAAAUCUGUUUGGAACAGAAGAAACAUGCACUGAAAGAAGAGAUGCAGAGCUUACAAGGCGGCACUGAAGCCAUAGCCCACUUGGACCAACUUGAAGCUGAUUAUUACGACCUGCAACUUCAGUUGUAUGAAGUGCAGUUUGAAAUUUUGAAGUGUGAGGAACUGCUGCUGACAGCACAACUUGAAAGCAUCAAAAGACUUAUUUCAGAGAAAAGAGAUGAAGUUGUAUACUAUGAUACUUAUGAAAGUAUGGAAGCCAUGCUUGAAAAAGAAGAUAUGGCAACAUCUAUACAUUUGCAAAGAGAAGAGUUACAGAAAUUACAACAGAAACUCCGCCAGCUAGAAGCAAGGCGUGGGCGCAUUUCAGCCAAGAAAGCCUACCUCAGAAAUAAAAAGGAAAUCUGCAUUGCAAAACAUAGUGAAAAAUUCUUGCAGCACUUUCAAAGUGAGGAGGAGUUGCAACAUACUGCAAAAUUUAAAAGAGAACGGUUGCAAGAUGAGGAAGAAAGAAAAAGUUCAUGGGUUAGUCAGGAACGGCAGAAAACACUGGACAGACUUCGAACAUUUAAACAGCGCUACCCUGGGCAGGUAAUACUUAAAUCGACCAGACUUCGACUGGCCCAUGCAAGAAGAAAAAGUACAGUCAGUUCAACUUCAUGCGUUGAUCACUCAUCUUCACUAUUAACUAUGCAAGCUGAUAUGGUGGGGCAAGAAAAAGCGAUCCAACCUCUACAUAUCCAGGAGCCCAGGAGCUUAGGACAACUUGAAGAUACUUUGUUACCUCCCUGUGGUGUUACCUCUGAAUUUUCUCAAACUACUUCUCUUCCGAUUCUCAUCACUAAUGAACUUCACCCCGACAUAGUCCGGGAGGCACCACUUCCUCCUCCUCUACCACCACCGCCACCACCACCACUGCCCACCAAGGAAGAAUCUACCCAGUGCUCUGAAAAAAGCGGUAGCCCAGUUAAACAAGACAGCGUGGAAAAGCCAGCCCUGCUGACCACCAUAGCACCAUCAGCCCAUUUCUUUGAUAGCAGUCAGCUAGUCAGUGCCAAGAAGAAACUAAAGAAGACGGGUGAUAUAGAAGGUCUUCAGAGGAGGAGAGUGAGUUCUCCAAUGGAUGAGGUGUUGGCUUCCUUGAAACGUGGCAGCUUCCACUUGAGGAAAGUUGAACAGAGAAACCUCCCGCCAUUCCCUGAUGAAGAUGACAGCAAUAACAUAUUGGCACAGAUAAGAAAAGGCGUGAAACUGAAGAAGGUGCAAAAGGACAUUAUGAGAGAGUCAUUCACAAUUUUACCUGAUGAUGACCCGUUGACCCGCAGCAUCCACGAAGCACUACGACGAAUUAAGGAGGCAUCGCCAGAAUCUGAAGAUGAGGAAGAGAGCCUGCCUUGCACAGAUUGGGAAAAUUAAGGUCUAAGGAUUUCACAGAAUAUGAUUUUCCUUUCACUUCUGAACUCUCAUAGUCAACGGUUGGAUCAGCACCUUCAGCCUGGGAAAGCUUUGCUCUGACAAAUGAUUUGAUAUGAGAAUAAGAAAGAGAUUGAAUACAUUUUUUAAUUCGUGGUAGAAGAUUCUGGUUGUACCAAAAGCUAUCUGAUUUAGAUAUGCAUUUUGCAUUAUUCUGAAGAGAGUGAACCUUUUAAGGUAUUUUCUGGUUCUUUACUCACUUUUUUCAUUCGUGUGAAACACUAAAAGUCAGCAGCUAUUGCAACAAAGCUUCUUCCCAGCAUAACUAGGACAAGAUAUGAAAUCUGGCCUUUGUUUCAUUGAAGACUUGACUGUUUCAAAAACAAAUUGCUACUUUCACAACAGCUUCUUAUACAACAACGGGAAUUCACACAGCGCUCUUCAUUUCUCACCAUAUGUUUCAGACAGGAGGUGGAUUUCAGAGAUAAAAUGAAUUUCUUAACUAUUCAUAGUACAAAGUACAAAUCAGUUUGAAAAUGAGAAGAAACGGCUGUAUAGAGUAAUGGAAAGUACCAUAAGAGUGGAAUACUUGUAUUUAAGAAUGUAUUUGUUUACACCCUAGUACAUUUAAAACGGUAUAUAGCAGAACCCUUUACAAGGCCAUGUAUACUGUGUACAUCCUAUAUUUUUAAAUUAGUUUUUUCCGUGCUCUUAUGAAUAGUAACAUUUUAAUUGCAGGACUGAGUUAUAAUGAAGUUACACAAAAUUUUAUUUAUAGAAAUGAUAUUUUGUAAUGAAAAUACUUAAAAUUAUUUUUGUCUAUUAGUUUGACUGUUCUUUGAUUACUCUAAGGAACCUUUAUUUAAGGAGAAUGCAAAACUGAAAUAAGAUUUUAGUUUUAAGUUGUGGAAGUUAUCAUUAUUCCCAUUCAUUGUUAGACAUAUUUGAAUUAUGUAACAGCCUGCUUAUUUGAAAAUACACUUCCUUUUCAACCUGGUUGUAUAAUGGUCUAAAGGAGGCACAGACUUCAGUACAGUGAAUAUCUAAAGCAGUGUAAUCCCAAACAGCAUGACAAAUAGCUGCAGGCAGCUCGUUCUAUAAUAACAGAGUACUGAACAGUAUUUCUGCACCAGGGCUAAUCUUACCCUUAUUAAAACUCUGAUGAAAAUCUCUACUUGUAGGAGAAUCUUGAAGUUGGCCAGCUUCUUAUUUUUAAAUACAUGAUCGCUUAUCUUAGGGGGGAAAAGACAUUUUGAAACAAUUUACUGUAUACAUUCACUGUCCUGUUACAAGCAGACUCCAGGAGCUUUGUAUAUUGGAAGGAAUGCAAAUAAUAAUCCCACUUACUUUUCAGAACAAGAGGUUCAAUAUAUUGCCCCUUUUAAAAAUAGUUGGGAGAACGCAGAAUACUGGACAAUAGUUAUGUCGCUUAGUCCACCUGAGUCUUGAAAAACAGUGACAACCUUGACCAAUAGUGGUAAUAAUAUCACAUAUUUUAAUGGAACGCCUGCCGUUCUGUAUUUGGCAGGUGUACUUUUUCUUAUGCUUAUUGCCUUAUAUAGUCUAAAAUGCUGUCCUUUUCCAAAGGUAAACUUGAGAAUAGCAUGAAUUCAGUUACUACCAGAGCGCCUUCUGUUGGUGAAAAAGAGAACAUCGGUUGUAUUAUGCAUCAAACAUUAAUUUGCUGAAAAACUGACAACCCAAGUUUCUUUUUACUGCAUAUUAACCAAAACUGCAUUAUACAAUGUGUGGUUAUAAUCCCAGAUAAUGCAGGGUUCGGUGGCAAUAAUUAAAUAGCUGCAAAAUGUAUCUGUUAACCUUUAGCAUAAACCAUAAUAUGUAGUCGGUGUGCCUUUGCUGUUUAGUCACAUACGCUCCAAAUUACCACUAUAUAAUAUAAUAUAUGUGUUUCAGUUUUUAGUCAUGGCACAAAACGGGAACAUCUAAAAUUAGUAUGAUAUGUGGAUCAUGCAAAGCUUUGCACAAUCAGUCGCAGCAGGAGCUUCAAGCAUCACAUUCCACUGGGCAGUUCACAUGAGAUGUUAAAAAAUCUUCUGAGCAAGGAGACAUAAUUUAUUUAAAACUAGGACUAACACUCCUUGCCUUUGCACUAUUUUGCACCUACAAAUUUUGAAUUUAUGUGAGAAGCUUAUGAAGCUCUCAAUAAGAUCGUACAGUGUUCAGGCUUUAUUUAUCUGAGAUCUUGCCUUGAAAACUGCAUAGUUUAGAAAAGAAAACUAUACCAGUUUAAUUAUUACCAGAAUCUGAAACUGGCUUGGGUUUGUAAAAAUAGCUUAUUCACAAGAAUGUAUUUUAUAUACAAUGGCUGCUGUAAAGUGGUUGAUCUCAUAUCCAGAGUUUUCCUUUUGGAGUAUGUUUUUUCAUAGUCUGUUAGGAAGAAGAGAUUAAUCUGCCUACCAGUAAAGACUGGACAGCAUUUCACCCCAUUUUUUCAGUUAGGUCCUUGUCCAUUCUUCCAUGUGCAAUUCCUUAAAGUUACAUUUCCAAACUUUUGGACUAAUGGCAAUUCUUAAUUUUAUUGCUUGAAGCUACUACACGUGAAAGCUCCCAGCUGAAUGAGAAGUCGCAGUUCUCGAGUCUGUGAAUUCCUCACAACAGGUUUUUAGUGAAUGCUGUUUGAAAUGGGUCAAGCUCAAAUCUAUGAAGUUGACAAGUGUGCAUGAAAAAUGCAUUUCAGUAUUUUUAUGCUGCAGGCUGCCAUACAUGACUGUGACUGUAUUUCAUAUUGCUAGUCACUAUGUUUAAUUAAGAUCUUGCCCACAAUGCAUCAAGAAAUUAUAUGAGGCUAUCUGAGAUAUAGCCAGAUGUUCCUGAAAUUGUUAAGGAACUUUCUCUUUGAACAACAAAUGGCAGGUGAUAAGUGAUGUGAUUGAGAAUAUUGUACCAGGGUCCAAGGCACUGAGAUGUUUUGUUUUACUCUAGAAAAACUACUUAAGUUGAACGGGAUCGGAAACGCUGCUUAAACUGGUUUCAUCUUCUACAGCAGGAGUCCCCAUCCCUAGCCUUUUUUCUCUCCCUUCCUAGCUCUCUCUCUCUCCCAUUCACCCCUUUAUCUUGCGGUUUCUCUCCACUCCCAGCCUCUAGCUAUUUCUCUGCCCUCACCUCUUUUUCUUGAUGUUUCGCCCACUCCUCUAGCAUUGCUCUUUUUCUUUCCUCUAUCACUGUACCUUGCUAUUUCAUUCCUCCCUUCUCAUUUCUUUCUUUCCUCCCACAGCAUCCAUUAUGUGAUUAGCCACAUCCUUUAUGGGAGCCAUUUUGUGGUGGUGCCCACAGCACUUUCUGAAAUUCCCAAAUGUGUCCAUGGGUCCAAAAAGGUUGGGGACUCCAGCUCUACAGAAUGAUCCCACUGCUCUUUUAAUUUUAGUUGCUUGGUUAUUUGUAUAUUGAAUUUCAUAUUCAUUAGAAUAGAUAGUUUUGCUUCUUAUUUCAACCAUUUGCUUGUUGAGCUUUACAAAAUAUAACUACUUAUAUCAUAAAACGUAUAACCACAAAAAAAUUUAAAAGCAUUAAAUUAUGUCUUGUGGGGAUAUAAGGCAAGAAUCUAUUUCACCCUAAGGAGACUUUGCUCUUGAGCUUUGUCUUAUGUAGACUCUGUCUUCAGAUUAUUGGUGCAUUUUUGUAAUGCAGCCCUGUGAAAAGAGGAAACUUUCACUAAUUUGUCAACAUGCUAUUUUUAUUUGCACUGACUUUAAAGAGUGAAUUGUAAAUUAAGAUGAUUGGAUUUAUGAGCA